AUGGCGACCUCCACUUCUCCCCAUGCUCCUGUGCAUCGCUUCGAGCUCGUCGAAGGGAUGCAACUUCAGAUAAAUAUCUCUGGGUCUUGUAAAGGACGCAGCGCUAGACUUGAGUUUCAGCUCAGCAGAUGCAGCCGCGCUUGGAUUCUUCACUGGGGUUGUGUUUUCCGUGGAAAUAUGAACUGGUUCGUUCCCGAUUCAGGUUCGCAUAGUUUCAAGCAAGGCUCAUUGCAGACUCGAUUCACCAAGAAAGACUAUGAGGAUGCUUUGAUAGAGAUACAAAAUCAGCUAUCCAAAGGAAUAUCCUUGAAUGAUUUGUGCAGUAGUUUUCCGACUUCCAGUACCAAGAGAGUGGCUGAUAAUAGAGAGCAGCCAAGGAGUGCAUACUCUUUCAAAUGAAAACAUAUUGUUGAGCAGUGGUUGCAAAAGCAUAUCGCAGGACCUGCCAAAAACACAGUGACAAGUUCAGCUCUCAUGAAUCUUGUUGACAAAUAUAUGGGAGGAGAUGAUGUAGUCUCUCAGAAAAGUUAUCAUGCUGGCAACUAUGAAGUAGUGGUCCUUUCGAAAAUGGUUAGGGGGGAGUAUCACAUCAUGGUUGCUACAAACAUUAGAGGUGCUACAGUGCUUCACUGGGGUGUUUCAAAAAUAUCCCCUGGGGAAUGGUUGGUUCCUCCACCCGAGAUUCGACCUAAAAACUCAAAUGUCGUUCCUGGAGCAUGCCAGACUUAUUUUAACGAGAUGUCAAUUGGUAACGGAGCCUUUCAGGUUGUAGAUAUCAAUUUUCAGCAAAGCAAUUUCAUUGGUAUCCAAUUUGUGAUAUGGUCUAGCGGGUCCUCGUGGAUAAAAGAUAAUGGCUCCAACUUCUAUGUAGCUAUAAUACCCAUGAAUUCGAGUGGAAAGGUUGAUGGGGCUGGGGAAGAAAUUGACAAAUGGUUACCUGAUGAAAUCUCUCGUAGAGAGAAAGAGGCUGAGAGAUCAUUAAUGCACAGAUUCAACAUUGCUACGGAGCUCACAGAACGCUGCAAAAGGCUCAUUGGCAUGUUGGUAUGGUUGAGGUUCAUGUCGUGCAGGCACCUCACUUGGAACAAAAACUACAAUGUGAAACCUCGUGAGAUUAGUGAAGCUCAAGAUAGGUUUACCAGUCUACUACAGAAAAUAUAUAUAAACCAGCCAAAGGAAUGGGAUGUAGUGAGAUUGUGAGACUACUAAUGGCACAUGUUGGUUGCCGGGGUCAGGGGAAUUGGACAGAAGAUUCGUGAUGAAAUACUUGUGAUUCAGAGGAACAAUGACUGUAAGAGUGGCAUGAUGGAGGAAUGGCACCAAAAGUUACACAAUAAUAGUAGCCCGGAUGAUGUGAUAGUUUGUGAGGCACUCUUACAUUACAUUAAGUCUGAUUUCAGACUUGAUGUUUAUUGGAAAACAUUAAUUGCAAAUUGUCUCAGCAAAGAGAAGCUUGCAAGUUAUGACCGCCCCAUUGUCUCAGAGCCUCAUUUCAGGGCUGAUACUAAGGAGGGUCUCGUCCACGACCUCACGGCAUACUUGAAGACAUUAAAGGCUGUUCAUUCAGAUGCUGACCUUGAAUCUGCUAUCGAAGUUUUGAUUCCCUCAAAUAGGAAGUUACUAGAAUCUCAUAUUGAGCUUCACCCUCUUCUCAACACCUCCCACAGAAGACUAAAAGAUAUACUGUUCCUCGAUCUUGCUUUGGCUUCAGCUGUCAAAACAACUAUGGAAAGGGGACUCAGAGAUCUACAUUUUUCAAACCCACCGGAGAUUAUGUUCUAUUCCUUGGUUCUCGAAAGUUUAUGCCUGUCAACAGUUAACAAUGAAGAUCUCAUUUACUGCACCAAGGACUGGUACUGUAUUAGUGAACUGUAUAAACCCAAUCAUGGUCAGUGGGCAUUACAAUCAAAGGCUAUUCUUGAUCGCUUACAAUUAGUACUUGCUGAUAUGUCUCAGUACUAGAAGAAGAAGAUCCAGCCCAGUGCAAAAUAUCUUGGUAAUUUGCUGGGAGUUCAGAAGUUUGCGAUUGAUACUUUUUCUGAGGAGUUAAUGAGGGCUGGAUCGGAGACUAUUCUGUCUACUCUCAUCAAACGUUUUGACCCCAUUAUUAGAAAGAUGGCUAACUUAGGCUGUUGGCAGGUUAUCAGCCCAGUUGAUGUGCAGGGUAUUAUAACCUCUGCUAAUGAGCUAAUUAGUAUUCAGAACAAAGUUUACAAAAAGCCAACCAUUCUAAUUGCAACUAGAGUAAAUGGAGAGGAGAUUCCAGAUGGAGUAGUUGCUGUCCUGACACCUGAUACACCGGAUAUUUUAUCUCAUGUCUCUAUAAGAGCAAGAAAUAGCAAGGUUGGAGCAAAAUCUUGCAACAUUAAAUUUUUGAGAGGAAGGGUGCCAGCAUGGAUUAAAAUUCCCAUGUCAGUUGCCAUACCAUUUGGAGCCUUUGAAAAGGUCCUAUUAGAAGAUGUUAAUAAGGAUAUAACAUAUAAGAUUUCUUCAUUUUACAAAUGUGUGAAGAGUGGAGACCUUUCUAAACUCACAAUACAAGAAUCUAUUCUACAAUUGAAUGCUCCUUUUUCCUUGACCCAUCAACUUAAGAGCAUAAUAAAAAGUUCAAGAAUACCUUGGCAUGGCGUCGAAGGCGACGAGAGGUGGAAUCAAGCUUGGCGUGCCAUAAAGAAGGUUUGGGCUUCAAAGUGGAAUGAAAGAGCUUUUAUUAGUUGUAAGAGAGCUAAACUAGAUCAUGAGAAUAUAUGCAUGGCUGUAUUGAUUCAAGAAGUCAUCUGUGCCAAUUAUGCCUUUGUUAUUCACACAAAGAAUCUCUUAUCAGGGAACACUGCAGAAAUUUACACAGAGAUAGUUAAGGGCUUGGGAGAGACGUUGGUGGGUGCAUAUCCUGGACGAGCCAUGAGCUUCAUAACCCAAAAAGCCAAUCUAAACUCUCCAAUUGUUAGUUGUUAUCCGAGCAAGCCAAUAGUUCUCUAUAGCAAGUAGUCUAUCAUAUUCAGAUCAGACUCAAAUGCUGAGGAUCUGGAAGGAUAUGCAGGUGCUGGGCUUUAUGACAGUGUAAUCAUGGAUAAAGAGGAGAAAGUUGUAUUGGAUUACUCAAGCGAUCGGAUGAUCAUUGAUAGGGGGUUCCAAGUCUCACACUUCUCAAGAAUUGCAGAGGCGGGAAAGAUAUUAGAAGGUCUUGAUGGUUGUCCUCAGGACAUUGAAGGUGUGGUAAAAGAUGGACUUGUAUAUGUAGCUCAGUCAAGGGCACAAAUCUAA